CGCGGGCUGCCCAGCCCUAGCGCCCCGCGCUCCGCGGGUAGCCCCCUGCAGCCGCGCCAUGUCCGCCGGCUGGUUCCGGCGCCGCUUCCUGCCUGGGGAGCCGCUCCCCGCGCCGCGGCCGCCCGGGCCGCGUGCCAGCCCCGUGCCCUACCGACGGCCCCGCUUCCUGCGCGGCUCCAGCUCCAGCCCCGGGGCAGCCGACGCCUCGCGCCGCCCAGACUCCCGGCCCGUGCGCAGUCCCGCGCGAGGACGCACGCUGCCCUGGAAUGCAGGCUACGCCGAGAUUAUCAAUGCAGAGAAAUCUGAAUUCAAUGAGGAUCAAGCCGCCUGUGGGAAGCUGUGCAUCCGGAGAUGUGAAUUUGGGGCUGAAGAAGAGUGGCUGACCCUGUGCCCAGAGGAGUUCCUGACAGGCCAUUACUGGGCACUGUUCGAUGGGCACGGCGGUCCUGCAGCAGCCAUCUUGGCUGCCAACACCCUGCACUCCUGCUUGCGCCGGCAGCUGGAGGCCGUGGUAGAGGGCUUGGUGGCCACUCAGCCCCCCAUGCACCUCAAUGGCCGCUGCAUCUGCCCCAGUGACCCUCAGUUUGUGGAGGAAAAGGGCAUCAGGGCAGAAGACUUGGUGAUCGGGGCAUUGGAGAGUGCCUUUCAGGAAUGUGACGAGGUGAUCGGGCGGGAGCUGGAGGCCUCAGGCCAGGUGGGCGGCUGCACAGCCCUGGUGGCUGUGUCCCUGCAGGGAAAGCUGUACGUGGCCAAUGCUGGGGAUAGCAGGGCCAUCUUGGUGCGAAGAAAUGAGAUACGGCCACUGAGCUUCGAGUUCACCCCAGAGACUGAGCGGCAGCGGAUCCAGCAGCUGGCCUUUGUCUACCCUGAGCUUCUGGCUGGCGAGUUCACCCGACUGGAGUUCCCUCGGCGGCUGAAGGGGGAUGACUUGGGACAGAAGGUUUUGUUCAGGGAUCACCACAUGAGUGGUUGGAGCUACAAACGUGUGGAGAAAUCGGAUCUCAAGUACCCACUGAUCCAUGGACAGGGUAGGCAGGCUCGGUUACUAGGAACACUGGCAGUCUCCCGGGGGCUGGGAGACCAUCAGCUCAGAGUCCUAGACACGAACAUCCAGCUCAAGCCCUUCUUGCUCUCUGUCCCACAGGUGACUGUGCUGGAUGUGGGCCAGCUGGAGCUACAGGAGGAUGAUGUGGUUGUCAUGGCGACUGAUGGACUCUGGGAUGUCCUGUCCAACGAGCAGGUGGCAUGGCUGGUGCGGAGCUUCCUCCCUGGGAACCAAGAGGACCCACACAGUCUAUCUGCAGGAUGGUCUUCACAGGUUCUUGAAGCUGGCCCAGAUGCUGAUACACAGCACACAGGGAAAGGAAGACAGUCCCACAGAGGAAGGGCAGGUGUCCUACGAUGACGUCUCUGUGUUCGUGAUUCCCUUGCACAGUCAGGGCCAAGAGAGCAGUGGCCACUGAGGAUUCAGACACUGUAUCCCAGAACUGCUCCAGUGCCCGGGUGUGGUCUGGGCAUCCCUCCAGUGUGACCAAGAGCAAAUCCUGCCUGCCCUAUCCCUAGCCACAGCCCAGCGCUCUCCCUGCACCUCAACACACAUCCAUCUCAAGAGGAACAUUUAUGCCAGGCAGUCAGAGCUGGAAGGGUAUGGAGAGCCCAGCCCACCAGGUCCUGCUUUUUGCGGUGAUAACCUCUGGCAGAGUGACUUUACAAGUUAACUAGGAAACCCAUGUGAGGUUCCUCAGACAGGAUCUUCAACAGCCCAAAGUAUCAUUCUCAGGGGCACCCAGGCUAAGGGUAUUAGCCAAAGAUGCCAGGAUGGGCAGCUAACCCAUGUUUAGAUCCAGGUCUCCAAUUAAUGGAUGUCAGAGCAUGCGUUCAACAACCCCCAAAGUCCACGCAGGGUGGCUUGUAGAAACCUUUGGGCAGCCUCAUGUCUGCUUAAACAGCCAUCUUCAAGACAGCCCCUGAAAAGAGACCAACUCAGGUCCUGCCCUGCUAUUCUUUGCUGGAGAUGAGGAACAGGCUCUGGGGCUAAAGUCUGGGGUAAAGCACAAGGGACUAGAGGAACUCUUGGAGUUGGCUGGGUGAGAGGGCUCUCCAUUUGUUACCUGUAGUAGCCUGCCUCCUAACUGGUUGCUUCUCCCUAGUUCCAGCCCUGCCCUGGUCUGAUGCCCCAACACUGCCUUUGCUUUGUUGUUCCAUCACCUCCCUAUUAUUAAAUGUUUUCUACAGAAGA